GGAAAAUCAUCUCUAGUGCAAACAAUGAUAGAGUAAGAUUAUGUUUCACGGAGGGUGAAACCGAUCAUGUCCGCAUCAAUAAACAGAGCGUGCUACCAUAUAGGUGUCCAAACGUUCCGGGCGGAGUCUAAUAUCUGAGACAUUCUUAAGAUAUCCAUCUUUAAACAACGUUCUUCUCGUACUGCACGACGUCUCCUUGGCAUCAUCGCUCAUCUCCCCUUUGCCCGCCAUGUUCGCCUUCAAGAACCAGCCGCUCAAGCUCGCCUACCUCCUCGUCACCGUGCCAGUACUGCUCUUCGUCCGCCUGCCCUAUUGGCUCAUCGUAGCUUCCAUCCCCUCUCUCAGGCCCAGAAAGUCAUGGAAUAUGGUGAAGACUCUGAACCGCUAUAUAUGCGAGGCCAAAAGUCGAUCGUACUACGACAUUGGCCUUGAUACGCCAGAGGGCAACCCGGUCAAGGAUUCGCGCGACCCAGGCGCCACAGGCUUCGUUUGGGUCGACGCCGUCCCGUCCCAGCUGGUGACCGGCGAGAUCGCUGACCUUGCGCGCCGCAACGGCGUCGAGCCCGCUGGCGUCUACGGCUACUGGUACGGUGCUCGUGAUGAGGCUGGCAAGCAUGGUCAGCGCGCCACAAAGGGCGAGCGCGUGCUCUACUUCUUGCACGGUAUGUCCUCCACGCUGCACAUUUACAUGGGGUCGCCGCAUCCCUCCGGUUAUGCGGCAAAUGUCGUUCGCGGCUUCUUAGAGAAAUGUCCCAAGGUCGCAGAGCGCGCAUUCGGCCUUGCCUACCGCCUCGCUUCUUCCGCCCCCUACCCGUCCGCGAACCCCUUCCCGGCGGCAGUCAUCGAUCUCAUCUCGGGCUACCACUACCUUGUCGAGACCCUCGGCUUUGAGCCCAGCAACAUCAUCGUGUGGGGUGACUCCUCUGCAGGCCAUCUCGUCAUUGACCUUGUACGGUACCUCGUCAGCACCGGCCUCCCUUCGCUUCCUCCGCCUGGUGCACUCAUUAUGGUGUCACCCACAUUGGACUGGGCCAACACACACCUCAACACGCCGGCAUCGACUAUUCACACGAACAAAAACGUGGACUUUGUCUACCCCUUCUUACUCAGCGGGUACACUCUCACCAGCAUUCGAGGUUCGCUGUCCGAGCACGAGUUCGAGACGAACACGUGGGCGUCGCCGGCGUCGCUAAAGUUGGAGCACACAGACGGUUUGUUCGCGAAUUACCCGCCGACGUACAUCCUUGCAGGCGAGGCAGAGCAGACGGUGGAUGCGAUGCGCACCUUCCGCGACCGGUUGAUUCACGACAACGGGAAGGACAAAGUGCACUACGUCGAGUAUCAGGACAUGUACCACGGCUGGCUCGUGAAUCCUUUAAUGGAGCCAGACAGGUCGCAGGCGUACGGCCACAUUAAUGCGUGGCUGACUGGAAUCUGGGGCUUGUAACUUUGGUGUGCCGAAGAGGAUGGCGCAUGGCGUAGGUCGUUGUGAUGAAGGGCUUCUAGCAUCCAUGCCUUUCUUCUGUUAUUUCUGCAUUCAUAUAUCCUUUGACUCUGUGCAAGACGCCGUCUUCACUGGUACUUCUUCAUUCCCAUUUCUCUUGUUCUUUGUUCAUGUCUAUCCUUGCAAAUAUCUCACCUUGACAUCGACAGGAGUCAGCAUUGUAAAAUAGGAUAAAAUGUAUAGCAGUCCGUUUGCACGCCAUUACUUACAUUUCUGACAGCGAUCCGUAUGGCCACUGUCUCAACCAGCCUGCCAUAUCUUGAGGUGGCUACUUGCUACGCCUGCUCUCAA